UUUGAGCCACUUUAAUGUGUACUUAAGAAACCAAAAAGUGAAUAUUAAGUUUGAAGAAAAACCACUUGAAAGCUGAGUGGCGGUACCGUUGUUGUAUAAGUAUCAAUGUGUACUAUUAUAGAUCUGUCUUGUCUUGUCUGAAAAGCUAGUUGCCAUAUCCAAAGUUGUUAUUCAUGCCAUUAAAUCAAGUUUGCUGGAGAAAGGCUUAAAUGACAGCAAAUAAACCUUGGGAUAGGGAUGUACUGUUAAAGUGGCUCUUCAGAAAUUUGUUGUGUUCGUGGUUAGGUGUUACCAUUAGGAUUCUGUGGAAGCUGUGAUAUCCUCCUUCGUUUAUUAUGAACAAGAAAUUAAUAUGAGGUGGGCACUGUUUAAGAUGAUUUGGAUUAAUAUAUAUGUUUUUGGGUCCUGUAGAGGUCUGUACAUUGUAUUGGCAAGUGGGUCUCUGAGUAAAUUACGUUGGGAUGAGGGUUCUGUAGAAGUUGAGAACUGUCUGUUCAUUGAGAACAACAUGAACCAAGCUAGAACAACAGAAAGGUUUGAUUCUGAUGAUUAAGGUUAGGAAUCAGGUCAUUGCUUGUUUGGGAGGGAUUCUGUUGAAGUGGGUUUUUGGGUAUGUUAGAAUAGUAUUGAUUGGGUUGCUACUAUUUAGUUUGCAAUUGCAAUUGCAAAGGCGUGCCUGUUGUAGUACCAAACUUUUGCUAAUGCCUUAACUGGGUUUCAGGGUAUGCUUCAGUUCAGGUUCAUAUUCUUGGAAGAGAGACUUCUGUACUUUGCUAUGCUUGCAGUGCAUUUUCUAUUUGUUCAUAGCCUGUAUAACUGUUCCAUUGGAAAUUAGAAGUUCGUUGUAUCCACUACUGUUCCAUUGAACUUUAGAAGUUUUUGUAUUUAUUACUAUUCCAUUCAAGUUAUUUUCCCUGAAUAUGAACUGAGAUAGAAAAAACACAAAUAUUCUGAUUAUGAUGACUGAGAUUAGAAUUUAUGUCACAGUGGUUGAUAGUGCAUGCUUUCUAUACAACUGCGUCUUUGGAUAUAUCAAGGCAGAGUAUUAGUUGGGUUUUGCUACAACAGUACAACUUCGCUUUCAGAUGGAAUCCCCAUCGCAGUCGAACACCAAACAUGAGUUUUCCUUGCCAACUAGGUCUUUGGGUACUCUUAGUUCUAGGAGCAGGUUUCCAUGAACAGGAUAAAGAUGAAAACUUUUUCUAGUCUUAAAUACGUCCUCAUCAUUGUAUAGUAGUCUUGUUUACUGUAUGCCAGUGAUGGACGAUGAUCUCAAGGGAUCAUCAUCAAUCAAGGAUGGUGAUCAUGAACAUCAAGAAUCUCCUAGUGAUCAAACACCUCUCUCAGUUGUUCCCAUAUCCUCACCUCACCACAACAAUCCUUUCUAUGCCUCUAAGCUGCCCAUACUCACAGACGCCUCAUGUGCAAAAGGAGGUAGAUAUGAGUCUGCAGACGCCUCAUGUGCCAAAAAAGGUAGAUACGAGUCUCCAUGGAGAGUGGUUACAAAUCCUACACAGGCAAUGGUCUUUCCACCAUCUUUGUCACCUUCAAAUUUCAGUGUGCAGCAGAAUAAUCUUUCUUCAUCAUCUUUGUCACCUUCACAUUUCACUUUGCAACAGAACAAUCCUUCAUCAUCUCCAUCAACUCAGCAGCAGCAGCAGCAACUAUCUUCACCAUCGAGCUCAACCAAAUCCCAGCCAUCUCAAGGAGGCCAAGAUAAUAACAACAAUGCACUUGCACUCAGAAAGGGCAAAUUUGUCUCGCCAGUUUGGAAGCCUCACGAGAUGCUAUGGCUGGCCAGAGCUUGGAGAAUACAAUACCUUGGUGACCCAUCAAAAUCAUCCCAGCAGCAGGAGUCACUAGACGGUAUGGAUACAACAUCCCAUUCUUCUAAAAUAAACAAGUACAGAUCAGUUAAAGAUAGAGAGGUGGCAGAGUUUCUGAACAAACAUGGUAUUAACAGGGAUGCUAAAACUGCUGGAACAAAAUGGGAUAACAUGCUGGGAGAGUUCAGGAAGGUCUAUGAAUGGGAAAGGGGUCCUGAAAAAGAACAAGUUGGUAAGAGCUAUUUCAGAUUGUCACCAUAUGAGAGAAAAUUGCAUCGUUUGCCAGCCUCCUUUGAUGAAGAAGUAUAUGAAGAAUUAGCACAGUUCAUGGGUCCGAGACAGAGAUCAUCUCCAAGAAAUGUGCAACCCACAAAUAAAUCAGCUGCGAGAGGGCCCAUCACAGCAGAGAAGAAAGAAUCCUCUAAACCCAAGGAAACCAAAGCUGAUGAUACAAGACUUAUGCAGGCUAUUGUUCCUGGGAAUGAAACAAUUGCAGUGGCAGAGCCACUAAGGACCAGUGAAGGUAAUACUCUAGAUAGAAAUUUACAACGGAUUGGUAAAGUGAAGAUCAUAUGGGAAGAAACAACUCAUAUUUGGGCUGAGGAAGGUGAAUAUCAACAAGGCAGAUUGAAGGUGGACCAACUGAAUUUCUUGAAUGCCAAUGAAUUGACAUUCUUUGAUGAGACGUGGACUGGUAGUACGGUUGAGGCCUUUGAGGGAGGUCCUCUCAAGGGAUACUCUACUGAUUUAUUCAUCCCUGGUCAGCAGAUCAAAGUUUUUGGCAGACGUAGGGCUGGAUCUUCAGAGCUUCAACCAUUGGAGUUGCCUUCUAAAGCAUUUCCUCCUCUUCAUGGGAUUAGAGACAGGACUGAUUACUUUGUAGGAUGCCUAAGGGUUCCUGCAUCCAGCCUACCAACUUUGUUUGAGCUAUCAUCUUACCUGCAAGAACCCCCUUCGAAGCAUUUACGUUUUCCAGUGAGACCAGAUGUAUAUGAGGAUCUCCCAACAGGCAAGGAAGUAUUCUUUUGUGCUUCCUCAGAUACAGAUUGCAGGGCAAUAACAUAUGAGAUUGUGGGACCUCUAAUUAGGCAAACUUCAAGCAGAAGAUUUGGUAGGGAGUCUUUUAUUGGUUUGUGGGAUGACUGCAUCAACAAAAUCAUCUAUAAGCUCUGUGCAAUAGAUGUUGUGAUGCUCAGGAAAUCAGGAUCAUAUGAUUCAGUGUCCCAGGAAUGGCCUAGCAUGUGUGGUUUUGUUAAGAGUUCGUGCUUAUGGAGAGGUGAGGAGACUGAUUCACUCAAGGAGGGUGAUGAUCCUGCAGCCAAGAUUGUGGACAAAACAUUAUGGUCUUAUGGGGAUUCGCCUUACAUUUUAGGUUAUUAUGCUAUUGGCAAUAGUGUAACAUUUUGUGCCUUGAGCAAAUCACAUGAGAGGGUGGUUAGGAUUGAUCUUGUCUCAGUGAAUCUCUCAAGUCCUGCUGAAAGAUUGAAAAUCUUGGUUCCUUGCUGGCGAAUAGCAAGGCUCUUGCCUACUCUCUCAGACUAUUGUUACAGACAUAAUUCUAGUAACAUUCACAGUGACUAUGAAAGACUGGACAGAGGAAAUGGGAAGGUUAUUGAGGUGAUGCCAGGAUGUGUAAAAAAAAUAUUCUCAAACAGAAGGAAAUGGGCUAAUGUGAAGGAGAUAUAUGAUUUCUUGGACAACAAAAUUCCCCAUGUUGAGUACAUUCAGAUAUCUGCAGAAAAGGAGUUGGCAUUGAUAUUCAAGCCAAGGGGCUAUCCAAUCAGGCCUCGCACACUUGAACAACUUAUAGAAGCACUCAAAUAUGUGACAAAGGCCUUGGUAGCUCUACACAAUAUCUCAUUCAUGCACAGGGAUCUCAGAUGGGAUAAUGUGAUGAAGAAGAUAGAUUCAGAUGAAUGGUUCAUCAUAGACUUUGAGGAUGCAAUUGGUGCACCUCAAAUUUACCCACACAAUCUCAGUGGGUUGAACCAUGCUCCUGAAAUGUCUAGAGGCCUCCAUGGGGUGAAAGUUGAUGUGUGGGGUGUUGGGCAUCUCAUCAAGACAUGUGGGCUGAAUGUAUCUGAGCUUUUCAGAGAUUUACAGAACAGAUGCUUGGAACAAGACCCAGAUCAAAGGCCUACUGCUGCUGAAUGUUAUCACCACCUUUUACAGUUGCAAUCAUCCCUCUGUAACUACUGACAUAAGAAGGUUUAAGAGUAGACUGAAAUAACAAAAAUUUAAAAUGUCAGGAAAAUCAUAGCUCCAGAGGUACAAUUUAAGCCUUUUUUUGAAUAGUACUUAAGAAAAACAUGCUACUGCAAUAAAAAAAAAUAAAAAUGAUUACAACCAUUGCACCACAUAGUUGUGAUAUUAAGCUUUUUAUUCAUUCCUAUUCUAGAAAAUCAUGCUGCUGGUUUUUUGUCCCUGACUAUAGCGAUCAGCAACAGCUAUAUGCAGUGGGAUCCAUGCAAAACAAAAAUUUAAAAGGCUU